ACGUGCACAGCAUGCCACAUAAAAAAGCAGGAGGACAAAAGAGGAUUGAACAAGCUCACAACUGGAAACUAAAGCCAAAGGCUAGGGUUAACGGACUGAUUUUUUUGGAUUUGGACAAUAGUUGCCAGCGUGGCUCUCUGUAUCUUAUAGUAUUAACUCCCGGACUGCCUAUUGGAAGCAGAACCACAGUUCCCCCUCACCCAGUGGUGCUGCACAGACCCUGCAUACGGUUAUUGGAAAGGACUUAGCUGUGUGCCCCAAUGGAGAACGGUGAUGGUACACCACCCACCUAUGAAGAGGCCUUCCCUCCUCUAGCCAACCCAACCUUCCCCCCCACCCCCACCCCAAUGUUUGCAGCUGCCACUGGCAACGUCAGCAACGGAAGUGCUCAGUCUGCCUGGAGCAUCAAGUCUAUUCGCAGUACUAACAUCACGCAGGUUUUCCACAUCCCCAUCGAAGAACGUCGCUACAACUUUGCAGAUCCCUCAUUUGGUGUUGGUUCGAGUCGCCAAUCAGAUAUUGUGCUGGAGAUCAAGGAACGAAGUGGCUGUGAGCACAUUGAGAUCAGCCAGUCAAAGGAUCACAGCCUCUCUAUCAUGGUAUCUGGAAAACCUUCAGCUGUUAUCAACGCCAGGAAUGAAGUUCUCUCCAAACUCCAGACACAAGCACAUGUUGAGCUGAACAUCCCCAAAGAGCACCACAAGUUUGUCAUUGGAGGAAAAGGUCAGAAGUUGAAGAGCAUUGAGGUAGCAACUGGAACCAAGGUCAAAGUCCCCAAUGCUGAUGACUCGUCUGAUUUGGUCAAGAUUGUGGGGACUCGUGAAGGUGUAGACAAGGCUAGACAUCAAAUACAAGUCAUCUCUGAUGAGCAGGCUAAAUUGGCUUUUGAGCGACUGGAAAUCGAGCACGAGUACCAUCCAUUCAUCAUGGGUCCCAACAACUCAUUGCUGAAGCAGCUUAUUGAGAGCACUGGGGCUCGUAUCAACAUGCCCCCUCUCUCCAUGAAGAAGAGUGAGAUCAGUGUGGCGGGGGACAAAGACUGUGUGGCUAAUGCUGUGGCCAAACUCAAGAAGAUGAGGUCCGAAUUGAGGCGUAGUUGUUCGACUGUGUCUGUAGAGGUGAAGAAAACGCAACACAAGUAUGUGGUUGGUCCCAGAGCCCAUGUCCUGCACGAGAUUCUUCAGACCAGUGGAGUGUGGGUGGAGGUGCCUCCCUCUGAGUCUGACUCAAACACUAUCACUCUCAGGGGACCACAGGAAAAGCUCGGACAGGCACUUACUCUGGUCUAUGAGAGAGCCAACAGUGUUGUCGUUGAAGAAGUGCAUGCUCGCAGCUGGCUCCAUCGCUUCAUCAUUGGGCGCAAGGGACAGAAUGUCCAGAAGAUUACUCAGGACCUACCCAAGGUGCAUGUGGAGUUUAACUCAGACCUUGAUAAGAUCAUACUGGAGGGACCACCUGACCAAGUGCAACAAGCCAAGGAAGCGUUUGAAACCUUCACUGAUGACUUGGAGGCCACCAUGGACUUUGCUGAGAUUCAUGUGGACCAGAAGUACCAUCGCCAUAUCAUCGGGAAGGGUGGUGCUAGUGUGAACCGCAUCAAGACUGAAACUGGGACCUCCAUCAUCAUCCCCCCCGAUUCUGAGAAGAAUGACACCAUACGUAUCGAAGGAGACCCCAUGGGAGUCAAGGCUGCCAAGUCCAUGCUCCUUGAAAUGGGUGCCAAAAUGGAGAAUGAGCGCUCCAAGGAUCUGAUCAUUGAGCACCGGUUCCACAAGCAAAUCAUUGGCACCAAGGGUGAGAAGAUCAAGGAAAUCAGAGAUCGGUUCAAUGGAGUGCAGGUUGCAUUUUCGGACCCUGGUGACAAAAAAGAUGUGGUAACUCUGCGAGGACCCAGGGAGGACGUGGAUAAGUGUGCUACUUAUCUCAAAAAGCUCUACGUGGACCUGGUUGCAUCUAACUAUCGGGAGGAAGUUCGGAUCUUCAAAAAGUUCCAUGGUAGUGUGAUUGGCAAGGGUGGAGCCACUCUCCGCAAGAUUCGUGAAGACACUGACACCAAGGUCGAUCUCCCGGGUGAGUCCAGCGAGAGUGACAUCAUUGUCAUCACUGGACGCAAAGAGAAUGUGCAGAAAGCACGUGCUAGGAUACUGGACAUCGAAAAAGAAAUGGCUUCUAUAGUUGACAUGACAGUGACUAUCCCCCACCGACUGCACAACUCCAUCAUUGGGCCAAAGGGCAAGCUUGUGCGUAGUGUGAUGGAUGAGUGUGGUGGUGUUCGAAUCGUCUUUCCCUCUUCCGAGUCUGGGAGUGACAAAGUCAAGCUGCAUGGGCCCAAGGAGGACGUGGAGAAGGCCAACAUCAUGCUACUGGAACUGGCUGAUGAGCAGGCGGAAGAAAAUCAUACUAUUGAGAUAACUUGCAAGCCUAGCUAUCACCGAUUCCUCAUUGGUCGUGGAGGUGCCAACAUUCGCAAAGUACGGGACAAAUUUGGAGCCCGAGUGAUGUUCCCCCAGAAGUCAAGUGAAGAGGACUGUGAUGUGGUGACCAUCAUCGGUCGGAAGGAAAAGGCUGAAGCUGCCAAAGAACACCUGCUACAGCUCAUUCAAGAUCUGGAUAACGUUGUUGAGGCCGAAAUUGAUGUGGAUCCCAAGCAUCAUCGUCACUUUGUUCAGAGGAGGGGACAGUUGAUUCGUGAGAUCUCCGAAGAGAAUGGAAAUGUGGUCAUCUCUUUUCCACGUUCCGGAUCCAACUCGAACAAGGUAGUGCUGAAGGGAGCUGGUCAGUGUGUGGAAGCUGUGAAGGCACGCAUCCAGGAAAUAGUGGAAGACCUGGAGGCACAAGUGACUAUCGAGUGUGUAAUAGACCACAAACACCAUCGUAGCAUCCUGGGUGCAAGGGGAGCCAAUGUGCAGGCGAUUACGUCUGAGCAUAACGUAUCCAUCAAGUUCCCUGACCGUGUCAAGCCUGACUCUUCUGCUGUAGAUCCUGUGGCUGAUGUGGCUGAUGGGGAAGAGGACACCUCCUCCAAGGAUGUCAUCAUGGUGACCGGCCGUGAAGAGAACACUGAAGCUGCUAUUCAAGCACUGAAGGAGUUGAUACCUAUUACUGAGGAAAUGUGUAUUCCAUUUGAGUUCCAUCGCUUCAUUGUUGGACAGAGAGGGCGCUGGAUCCGUGGACUCAUGGAAGAUCAUGACGUCAACAUUGCCGUUCCUUCAGCUGAGAAGAAUUCGGAAGUGGUACUCAUUACUGGGCCUGCCAAGAACUGCAUUGAGGCUAGGGCUUCCCUUGAAAAGAAGGUCCAGCAACUAGAGGUAGAAAAGGAGGACAGAGAGCUCCGUAGUUUCUCUAUCACUCUGAAUAUUGACCAAAAGUACCACCCAAACAUCAUUGGACGCAAGGGAGCCACAAUCAACAAGAUCCGUGACGAUCAUGGUGUGAGGAUCCAGCUGCCAGACAAAGAAAGCUCUAAUUCUGAUGAAAUAGUCGUCACUGGCUAUGAGCACCAAGUCAACUCUGCCCAAGAAGACAUUCGCAAGAUUGUUAGAGAACUGGAGGAGCAAAUCAGUCAGGAACUGAGCAUUGACCACCGUGUACAUAGCAGGCUGAUCGGGGCCAAGGGUAAGGCAAUUGCGAAAGUGAUGGAGAGGUUCUCUGUUGAUAUCCGGUUCCCUCGUGACAAGGGCAGUGAUAUCAUCACUAUCACUGGUCUGGAGGAGAAUGUGGAAGACGCUAAAGAACAUCUACUCAUUCUCAAAGAAGACUAUAUGCAAGAUGUCUUUGAGCGAGAUGAGGAGCAAGCUCUUAUGCGCCAGUACACUAAACCCACGGAAAACUCCCGUGGCCAGACCCGUCAAGGCUCUGAGUCUGGUUUUGUUGUCAGUGGUGGCCCCUGGUCCACGUCUGCUGAAGAUUUCCCCACAUUGGGAGGAGGACCCUCAGACAAUUUUGUAGGAGGUGCCAAAUGGGGGCCGUCUAUUCGUGGACCAAACCUUCCUCGAGGUUGGAAGUAGCACAAGCAGCUUCUGGAAACUACGUAAAUGAACUUAGGAACUUGGUUUUGGACAAUGAUUUGAUAUUGAAUAUUAUCUGAUAACUCAUAAUGAUACUACAUGUCUCUAUUAUGAAUUGAUUAUUUUACAUAAAAAAUG